GGGUCCGGCGCUGCCAUGGAUACUCGGGCGAAUGACGCAAUCUCCACGCGCGCUGCGCGGGCCGAUGAGGCGGUGAAUCCGUCUCCACGUCGCAUCAGCCGCAGCCGGGACAGCGGGGCCAAGAUGGCGGAGGCAGAAGAGAGCAGGGCUGGGGGAGCCGCGAAACCGCUGUUUGCAGGUCUCUCAGAUGUGUCAAUAUCAGAAGAUAUUCCAGUGGAAGGGGAGAUCACAGUUCCUGUUGGAUCUCACUCUCCUGAUGAAGACUACUCCACAUUGGAUGAACCAGUUAAGGAUACUAUUAUGCGAGAUCUAAAGGCAGUUGGAAAGAAAUUUGUGCAUGUCAUGUAUCCCAAAAAGAGCAGCGCGCUCCUCAGAGACUGGGAUCUGUGGGGUCCUUUGGUGUUGUGUGUGUCACUUGCAUUGAUGCUUCAGGGAGGGUCAGCAGACAGUAAAGAAGAUGGAGGUCCCCAGUUUGCUGAGGUCUUUGUUAUCAUCUGGUUUGGAGCAGUUGUCAUUACACUAAACUCAAAACUGCUUGGAGGAACCAUAUCUUUUUUUCAGAGCCUUUGUGUCCUGGGUUACUGUGUCCUGCCUCUGACAGUGGCUAUGCUCGUGUGCAGGCUGGUACUACUAGCAAGCUCGGGGACUGUCAGUUUCAUUGUGCGACUUGUUGUAGUGAUGGCUAUGUUUGGCUGGUCAACCCUAGCAUCCACAGCCUUUCUGGCAGACAGCCAGCCUCCAAAUCGCAAAGCUCUUGUUGUUUAUCCCAUCUUCCUCUUCUACUUUGUUAUCAGCUGGAUGAUUCUCACCUUUACACCUCAGUGAUGAGGGAUCAACAGAGACUGCACAACACAGAACUGGAAGUUUCCAUAAGUGCUGCUGUUAAUUUGUGGGCUUUAUCUCCAAUUUAUAGAUAUUGCAUACUGUAAAAAAAAAAAAAAGCAGGCUAUGGGAUAAAGCCAGAGAGCUGAAGCAUUCAUCAUUUCUAAGAAUGAGA